CUUUUCCUGACCUACCGCGCGGCCAAUGAGAUUUACAUCCGGGUCCAGGGUAUUGCAGCUGAGAUUUGGCCCGACAGAUGUCUCCAUGGUGAGAGAGGCGGGACCAGGCGUCUGGAAAAGAUGGCGGUCCUGGCGCCUCUGAUUGCCUUGUUGUACUCCGUGCCCCGGCUCUCCCGAUGGCUGGCCCGACCUUACUGUCUCCUGUCUGCCCUACUCUCCGCCGCUUUUCUUCUCGUGAGGAAACUGCCGCCGCUCUGCCACGGUCUCCCCACGCAGCGCGAAGAUGGCAACCCGUGUGACUUUGACUGGAGAGAAGUGGAGAUCCUGAUGUUCCUCAGUGCCAUUGUGAUGAUGAAGAACCGCAGAUCCAUCACUGUGGAGCAACAUGUGGGCAACAUCUUCAUGUUUAGUAAAGUGGCCAAUGCAAUUCUUUUCUUUCGUCUGGAUGUUCGCAUGGGUCUGCUGUACAUCACACUCUGCAUAGUGUUCCUGAUGACCUGCAAACCCCCUCUGUAUAUGGGUCCUGAGUACAUCAAGUAUUUCAAUGAUAAAACCAUUGAUGAAGAACUGGAACGGGACAAGAGAGUCACUUGGAUUGUGGAGUUCUUUGCCAAUUGGUCUAAUGACUGCCAAUCAUUUGCUCCUAUUUAUGCUGACCUCUCCCUCAAGUACAACUGUACAGGGCUAAAUUUUGGGAAGGUGGAUGUUGGACGCUACACUGAUGUUAGUACAAGGUACAAAGUAAGCACAUCACCCCUCACCAAGCAACUCCCUACCCUGAUCCUGUUCCAAGGUGGCAAGGAGGUAAUGCGGCGGCCACAGAUUGAUAAGAAAGGACGAGCUGUCUCUUGGACCUUCUCUGAGGAAAAUGUGAUUCGGGAAUUCAACUUGAAUGAGUUAUACCAAAGAGCCAAAAAGCUAUCAAAAGGUGGAGAUAAUAUACAAGAGGAGCAGCCAGUAGAGGACGAGCAAAGCAAGAAGGACAAAUAGGAGCCCCACCUUGUCAUUGCUUCCUCUCCAGUCAAUGCUGGGCACCUUAGAGGCCCUGCCCCUGCUGUUACCACAAGCCUGCCUAGAGGCGGCAGCCUUUUGUUUGUUUCUUUUGUUUGGCUGUGCCAGGGUGAGGCCUGGUCCUGCUUCUGAUUUUGAAGAGGCAUUCUCGGGGAAUCAUCAAGCACUCUACUGGAAGGCCUGAUCUGCCCUGGCCAACUGUUUCUCUGAGAGAGAAAUCUCAUAUGAUGGAAAUGGAAAUGGUCCUUUCAAGGUUGAGUCUGUGUGUAAACUGCUGUCCACUACGUGGUCGCCUCAAAUCUGUGGUUUCAGUAUUCCUCCUAGUAGACCUAUGAAACCUAGACUAAAACUCUUAAUGUUAGAUGCCAGAGUACAGAGCACUAAGGUUUUCUUCUCAAGGACCCUUGCUUUCCUUAGGCCCUUCUGGCUUGAUCUAUGACAUUCAUUAAGAAACUCGAUCCUAAACUUACCACUGAUCCCAAGCAGAUGCCAUCAACCAGAGUUUUCAUCACUGAAAAUAGUAUUGAUUGAUCUUCCUAUAUUGUGGAAAUUUAGAGAAAGGGGAAUGAAAACUUGAGAUGUUCCUUUGGUCGGACCUGGAGGAGAGAGCCCCUGGACUGGACAGUUGUCUUCUUCUGUCACUGUUCAUGUCCAGUUGAUCAUUUGCCAUAAUAAAGAGGACCAGCGUUUUUCUUUUGA